GCAUGAUUUUCAAAAUUGCUUUUUAGCAGACGCAUUAUUUAACAAAAAUGAACAGUUGAAUGCGUUUCUAGUGGUGAUAUACAAAUAUUUACUUUUGGAUGACAUUCCAGGAAUUAAUGGAUUACUCACGAUUAUUGCAUUAAACUGACCUUUAAAAUCAGCACAAUAUUUAAUAAUGAAUUUGAAGUGAUAUAUGAAUAGCUCGUUUCUCAUACCGCUAAUAAAGAAAAAUGAACAAUUUGAUUUUUGCUACUUUAUUCCUUUUAAAUAUUUUUCUUCCCAUGUCUGAGUAACUUGUAGAUAUGGGCAAUGCUUUUUCUAACUGCUUCUGCAAAAAACAUCGUAUUGGUUCGAUGAGGGAUAUCACAUUGCUUAUGAUUGGACUUGAUAAUGCAGGUAAAACCUGCACAGUGAAACACCUUUUAGGAGAAUCAACUGCUGAUGCUGUUCCUACCAUUGGUUUUUCUAGCAUUUCUAUAAAGGAAGGUAAAAGUCAUAUAACUAUUUAUGACCUUGGAGGUGGACCAAAAAUUCGGGGUAUAUGGAAAAAAUACUUCGCUUUAGUUCAUGGAAUUAUCUUUGUUGUUGAUGCUAGUAAUCCUCAACGAUUUGAAGAAUGUAAAAAUGAAAUCAGAAAUGUUUUGAAACAUGAUAAAAUUGCUGGGAAACCAAUGUUGGUUUUGGUUAAUAAGCAAGACAUUUCUGGAGCAGUUGAUGAAACAGAAAUUGUUAGGCGUCUAGACUUAGAAGCUUUGGUAAACGAACAGAAAUGUCCUACUCGUGUUGAAGCUUCUUGUGCUAUUUAUGAAGAUGCUGAAUCUAAAAUCAAAGAUCCUGGCAUCCAAGAAGGGUUUAGUUGGUUAAUUGGGCUCAUUAGUAGAGAUUUUAAUGAGCUACAUCAGCGAGUACAAGAAGAAGUCGAUGAACAAAAAAAGAUGGAAGAAAUUGAACAAGCUGAACGAAUGAAAAGGGUGCAAAGGAUACGUGAAGAACGAGAAAGACAAGCUGAAGCUGCUGCAUUAUCGGAAGAACAAUCUAAUGAAUGUAAUGAUGAUGAUGAUGAUGAUGUUAUCAUUGGAAAUCCUUUUAAGCCAUGUGAUGUAAUUAAGGCUGAACUGGAGGAAAGAGAUAGAAAAAAAGCAUCCGAAACAUCAACUCCUCUUGUUAAGGUGAUUCAUGUGAGUCCGACAAAUAGUGUUGAAGCUAGUAAUCGGGAAGAAGUUAUACUUCAAGCACAACCACUAAAUAAACAUAUGCUGAGUUCGCAAAUGAAUGGCCAAUUUUCUAACCACGCUUUUAUUACUGAAACUUCAAAUGGGAAUUUAUCUUCUGUUCUCUUAUAUGAAGAUGAGGAUGCUAAGAAAAAAAGUAGGAAGAGCAAGAAACGAUUCAAAAACAGGAUUGUUCCUGAAAUCUCAGAGUCGAGCAAUUUAAGUCACAUAUCCAGAUUAGGAGAUCUUCCACCUCUGAGGUCAAGUAUAGAUGGUGGCCUGAAGGGACAACCUUGCAUUUACACAUCUCCCAAGAGAAAUAUGCAUCAAAAUGGUAAAAUAAAUUGGGCAGUGGUUGAUGAGUUGGAACCGUGCAAAGAAACUUCAUUGGCUGGCUCAAAACGAGUGGAAGCUUGGUCAGAAGAACGGCAUUAAGUUAUGUUGUUUUGUAAUCAAAUUACAAAGUCGAUGUUUUGUUUGUCAUUAGGUUUUUUAAAAAACCAUAUAACAUUUUAUAUUCAUUGUAUAUACUAGUCAAUUAUAGCUUUAGCUGCAUAUUUUAUACGGUAUUUGUUUAGAUUCAGUUUCUUAUUCUCACAAAAAAUUUUCACUUGUUUAUGUUAUUCAUCAAAGAUAUGAACAAAUUAUAUUUAAAUUCACAUAU